AUGUCGUACGUCUCGGACUGGAGGGCCCCUGGCAAGCUCGUCGCGUCGCUCGGCGCACCCUUCUGGGGCAAUCUGAAGCCCACCGCCGGCGAUUUUGCCUGCCUGUGCUCGCUGUUCUUUGACAACCUCUCGACGAUGCUCACCUUCUCGGCAAUCUGGCAAGCGCCCCCCUUCACCGCCCACGAGCUCUUCGACGUCACCGACGGAGGCGACAAAGCGAGGGAGCUUCUCUACAAGCGAAUCAUCCCGGGCUGCGGCUUCGUCCUCUUCCUGGGCAACGUGUACUACUCCUGGAUGGCGACGCGUAUGAAGACUCAGUUCGGCCGCGAAUUCACCUCCCAGCCUUACGGCAUCAGCGGUCGCUGCUCCGCCCCGUCCGAAUCCGUCCGCCCGCGCGUGCUGCUGCCGCCGCCGCCGCCGCUCCACCCGGCCCCGAAUAUAAACUAA